AAGCACUGAUCAAUGUGAUUUGCUGAAAUAAAUAGCCCAGCAUAGGGAGCAGCAGCCAGCCAGCCCCAUCAGUCACGUGGUGCGGGGUGCAGCGACGUCAUUAGGGCAGAGAUUUGUGAGGAAUAAGCAGACAGAAGGAAAGAGCCCGGAGGUGCGGCACUUUUCUUAGCGUUUGCAUCGUUCCUUCUUGUCUAUUUUUUUUUUCCCCGGCCAGAGAGAGAACAGAGUAUCUGUUCAACAUUAUAGAGACCCAAAUGCCCGGUCCCACCCAAGCCCUUUCCCCAAAUGGAGAGAAUAACAACGACAUCGUCCCGGACAACGGAUCCAACAUCAUUCCUUACAGGAAAAAUACAGUGCGGGGAGAGCGCGCCUACAGUUGGGGGAUGGCGGUCAACGUAUAUUCUACCUCAAUAACCCAGGAGACUAUGAGCAGGCAUGACAUCACUGCCUGGGUUAACGAUAUUCUCUGCCUAAACUAUACGAAAGUGGAGCAGCUUUCAUCAGGAGCUGCCUAUUGCCAGUUCAUGGAUCUGCUCUUCCCUGGCUGCAUCAGUCUUAAGAAGGUCAAGUUUCAAGCUAAAUUGGAGCACGAAUACAUUCACAAUUUCAAAUUGUUGCAGGCGUCCUUCAAACGAAUGAAUGUGGACAAGAUUAUUCCUGUGGAGAAACUGGUCAAAGGCAGAUUUCAGGACAAUCUCGAUUUUAUCCAGUGGUUUAAGAAAUUCUUUGAUGCCAAUUACGAUGGUAAAGACUACGACCCGGUUGCAGCCAGACAGGGUCAGGAUGCCAUUCCCCCACCUGACCCCGGUGAGCAAAUCUUCAACCUGCCAAAGAAGUCUCACCAUGCAGCCAGCUCCCCCACCGCAGGAGCAUCCAGGUCAACUUCUGUCACUCCCAAAUCUUCAACGCCAACAUCCAGACCCUCGUCGGCCAAAAAGACCCCCGCAACUGCAACGACUCCUGCCAAGGGAGAAAAAGAACUGGAAGCACAGGUCACACAUCUUACCGAGCAGGUGAACACAUUAAAGUUGGCACUGGAAGGCGUGGAGAAGGAGCGGGACUACUACUUCAGCAAGCUGCGAGAGGUGGAGCUGCUGUGCCAGGAGCAGGGCGAGGAAAACGCCCCGUUCGUCGAGCGGUUAAUGGAAGUCCUUUAUGCCUCAGACGACCAGGAACGAGGAGAGCUGGCUGAGGGUGACGGACAAGACGAGGACCAGCAAGCCCAUGAGGAGGCACCAGAUGAUCAGCAGGAGGAGCAGGAUGAAUACUGACUGCCAUCAUCCCUCCACGCGGUCACACCCCUCUUUUUAAUAUGUGAGAACUGUUAAAGGAUUUUAAUUUUUCCUCAUGGUUUAUUUUUGUUCUCUCCGAGACUGAGCACAUGAAGCAACCUCCUGAAUAGAAGCACCAUCACAGUUUUUAUUUUUUUGUAUCCCUCUGCUCACUGUUCGAUGUUUUUUGUGACUUUUGGUGAACUGCUGUGGCAGGUUUGUGGUGACGACGACCUCCACCAGCAGACAAGCUCAGACCAUCACAGAAGUUUCCGAGGACUGUGUGGCUGGAUUCAGAUCUUACAGUAGAUGUGAUCACAUGCUGAAGUUUAGGCAGGUAACCAGUACCUGUCAGUGCAAGUGUUAUUCUCCCAGCUUUUGUCCUUUUCCUUUUACUUUGUUUUUUUUUAUUUUGCAUAUCAACAAUAUUAAUCACAAGAAUGCAAUAAGCAAAGCCCUGGAAGGGCUCAUAGUAGCUCUUAUUUAACCUCCUUCCAUACGUUGCACUGACAUUUGACUCUGUACUGGACAAUCUGUCCAUAGACCCUCACCGUAUUUAUUAUUAUUAAGCCUUAGGAAUAGUGCAAGAAUCUGCAUUGCAGUCAAUGAAUUGUGAAUAAAAUGUAGAAAAAUGCCAACUUAUGACUGUUUGAAGCUGUCCUCACAAAUUUCACGAUUUCAGAUAAUCAGUGUGCUCAACAAUGUGUUAGUGGUAGAGGUUUACUUGGUAUGCCAUAAACAUAGGGAAGGAAACAAGCGUUAUCGUGGACUAGUCUUAUUAUGAAGCAGCGUUCUAAGUUUUCAACCUCAGCUGGAACUCGUGGUCUGUUCAGUUGUUUUUUUGUUAGUUUUUUUUUUUAAACAACAGGUCUUAGGGAGACAAGUCAGUUCACUGAGCAAUCUGCCACACUAUAUUCCAGUAAGUACAUCGUAUACCCUUUCUUAAUAUUGCAUUUACUAAUAUCGAACUGGGCAGUGCACCACAAUGCUUUAGUCAUAUAUUAUUGUGUAAAUGAAAAGGAAUGUAAACAUGUACUGUCAAUAAUUAAUGAAUGGUAAAUGUUUUUUUUCAUGUCCCACUCAUUAUGCAUUCCCCAAAAAACGUGUUGCAUGUAUGCAUUUUAUUUGUGAAUAACUUGACCUGCUUUUUACAUAUUUAAUAAAAAACAAACAUGUUAAGUGAGCUUUUGUAUGUUUAACCUGCUAUUUGAAAGUUGUGGAGAUUCGGAUGGAUUUGCUGUAAUAAAAUUACAUUUUGAGUCCA